AACAAGGGAGGGGACAAGCCCGUGAACGGCGAUGCGCGCUCCCGACAAUAAACCUCUGACGCCUUCAUCCGGGAACUACAACGAACUCGUUCUCCAACAUGGCGGCGUCAGCUAAGAAGAAGAAUAAGAAGGGGAAGACCCUCACUCUGACGGACUUCCUAGCAGAGGACAAGGGAUCCAGCAAUGCGCCCCCCAGCUACCCAGCCAAGUCCACUAGCUGGGCCGAUGAGACCGAUGACCUAGACGGAGAUGUUUCAACCUCGUGGCACACUGAGGAGGAUUCAUACCGGGCACCAGCCAUUGACCGGUCCAUCCUGCCUACGGCACCCCGCUCAGCUCGUGAACCCAAUGUUGACCGGUCCCGACUGCCCCGCAGCCCACCUUACACGGCCUUCCUGGGCAACCUGCCCUAUGAUGUCACUGAGGACUCUAUCAAAGACUUCUUCCGCGGCUUGGCAAUCAGUGCAGUGCGUCUGCCAAGAGAGCCCAGUAACCCAGAGAGGCUGAAGGGCUUUGGCUAUGCUGAAUUUGAUGAUGUGGACUCUCUCCUGAGGGCCCUGAGUCUCAAUGAGGAGAACCUGGGAAAUCGAAGAAUCCGUGUAGAUAUUGCAGACCAGUCAAAUGAUAAAGAGAGGGACAAUGGAUCUAUGGGAGGCCGAGACAGGGGUGGACGAAUGUCAGACAUGGGGCCCGACAAGACGGACACUGACUGGAGGGCUCGUCCCAGUUCAGAUGCCGACGAUGGACCUCCUAAGAGAGAGGAGGCCUUUGGAGAGAGAUCACGGGAUCGUUUUGAGUCGGACCGUUUCAGAGAUGGGCCAAGGCGGGACAAUGACCGCUAUGAUGGAGGAAGAGACCGCUUCCGAGAUCGCUACGACGACAGGGACCGCCGGGACUACGAUAGAGGCGGUUUUGACUCUCGUGGCGGUAGUAGUGCUGGUGGAGGUCGUCGUGCCUUUGGCACCGGCUACCGCCGCGAUGAUGACAGUCGAGGUAGCAGUGAUCGUUAUGGGGAGCGGGAGCGUUAUGGGGACCGUGAAGAGCGGUACGAGAAAAAGGAUGACAACCGUGAGGCCACUUCUGUGCAGAGACCCAGGUUGAACCUUAAACCCCGUAGCCUGCCCAAAGAGGAAGAAGGUAGUGGCGGCGGCGGAGGAGGAGGAGGAGGAGGAGGAGGAGGUGGUGGUGGUGGAGGUGGUGGUACUUUACCAGCUGCACCUCCAAGUUCCGGCAGCAGGACCUCCUCCAUCUUUGGUGCAGCCAAACCUGUUGACACAGCAGCCAAGGAGAGGGAAGUCGAGGAGAGGCUGAAGAAAGAGGAAGAGAGACUGCAGAGGCAGCUGGAUGAGGACAAAGGCCGGGGACCUGACAGAAAGAUGCGAGACAGGGACCCAAGCUGGCGCACUGAAGAAUCUCAUCCUCAGCGUUCUCGCACAGGAAGUGAGUCUUCCCAGCCAGGAAGUACUUCUGGAAGAGGCUCCCGGUGUCGAGAUAGUGAGCGCUCUGGAGAGAAUGAGGUUUUCAGUGGCAGAGAAGGUGAGCCCUCCUCCCCUGGGACCUCCCCGCAGCCUCCCAUUACCAUCUGCUCCAAGGAGCCGCUGAAGGUGAUGCCUGCCCCUCCUCCGAAGGAGAAUGUCUGGGCCAAGAGAAGUGCAGCCAGCACAGGCUCUAGCGAGGGGGAUGGACGACCUCCGGUCUCUCCGGUCUCCCCGAGUGGUUCAACUCCUCCUAAGCUCAGCUCCCCAAAUUCUGCAGAUGAAAGAGAAUCUGGAAAAGAUGAGAACAAGGCUAACGCUAUGCGUCGGGACCGAGGGCCCCCACAGGCUCGAGGUGGGCCUGCAGGGCGGGGUCGAGGAGAGGGGCCCAACAGAGACCGAAGAAAGGAGGCCGACAGAAAGGAUAACAGAAGAGACAGAGACUCCAGACCACCCCCCGAGCCAAAGAAAUUUGAAGAAACCCCGACCCCUAAGUUCAGCUCAGCCAGUAAGUACGCUGCUUUGCUAAUGGACGGAGACCAAGGAGACGACGCAGAGGACGUAGAAUAGAGAAAAUAACGAGACGGGGCCCCAAGGCGCAAGAAGAGGAGAAAGACGACCGCAGAAAAAUAAUCUCACAUAGCUUAUGAAAACUCCUCACAUGGAAGAGGCUCCUGGGAGGACCUCUCUCCCUACUUCCUUUCCUCCUACAAACCUGUCCUUUUUUCUUUCAAAACACCCACCUACCCCUCCUCCCCUGUCCCACCUUCAGGACUAUUCAGCUUCUUAAGAAUAGUCGCAUACCGGACUUGUUUUAAAUGGAAAAGGAGCAGCUGACACAUGGAAACGUGAUGGAUAACAUUGAAUUAAUUGUAAUAAAUAAAUGGAAAAAGUGGGGAAAAACUGAAUUUGUACAUUUGUGGAUUACAGACGUGAGGUUGGAUGAUAUGACAAAAGAUGUUGCGUACUAAGGGCAACCUGUUUUUCCGAUAUUUUUAUUCAUUUGUUGAUUGGCAUAAUUCCCAGGUCAAAUGCAUUCAUAUUCUUAAGACUUUUAUUCACAAGUAAAUUAUUAGAAUAACUUAAAUCAAUUUCUCAUGGAAAUUGUUUUAAGAAUCUCCUGUUUGCCCAUACUGAAUAAUACAUGUCGAGAUGGGUUUCUAGGAUCUAACAUUGUCAUGUGGGCAGCACCAUGUAGCAAAGGAUUGAUUGAACUUAAUAACUGCAAGAGAGGGCCAUGGAAUGGACUUAAAUAUUGAGGAAUAAAGUUGCUUUAAAUA